GCAAGUUUCGUGUGCGUGUAGUUUUAAUAGCAGAAUUUAGCUUAUCGUUGUAUUUAUAAAUAUUUAUUGUGAAUAAAAUGACUUUAAAACUUGAAUGUUCUAAGAGCAGUCCGCCAAUAUCCGUAUUGGCAGUUAUAGAUUUAAUUAAAGGAACCCAUCCGGUGGAAAUUGAUUGGGGAAAGAAUUAUAAAUUGACAAUUAAUAACGCAAUUUUAGAUAUUCAUACUGACAACGAUGCUUGCAGAGCCCUAGCCACCGCGGCUCCACAAUACGAACUGUACGGCCGAACAGCUGUUGAGUAUGCACAAACAGAUCAUUUUUUGACAUUUGCUUUAACGUUGAAGGAUGAUUUAACUAACAACUUGCAAUAUUUAGACAAGACGUUGACAUCUGUUACUUAUCUUGUAGCUAACAAACUCACAAUAGCUGAUUUGGUUGUUUUUUCCUGCUUGCGCGAUGAGUGGCAGUCAGUAUCUAAAAAGCCUGUACCCGAUAAUAUUACCAGAUGGUUCAAUUUAAUAAAAGCUCAAGACUGUGUGAAAUAUGCUAUGUCAUUUGUGAGCAAUGAGGUUGAUUCAAAAGCUUCAAAAAAUACUAAAAAUCAAAGUAAUGAUACAGUUCAACAAGAAGGUAAGUUUGUGGAUUUACCUGGUGCCGAAAUGGGUAAAGUCGUGGUUCGAUUUCCCCCAGAAGCUUCAGGCUAUCUCCACAUCGGUCAUGCAAAAGCAGCCUUGCUCAAUCAAUAUUAUCAACAAGCUUUCCAAGGAAAAUUAAUAAUGAGAUUUGAUGAUACCAAUCCCGCCAAAGAAAACGUUCACUUUGAGAAAGUUAUUUUAGAGGAUUUGGAAAUGUUACAAAUUAAACCAGAUUUGUUCACGCACACCUCGCAAUAUUUUGAUUUGAUGCUACAAUACUGUGAACAACUUAUUAAAUCUGAAAAGGCUUAUGUAGAUGAUACAGAACCAGAAAAAAUGAAGGCUGAACGAGAAGAAAAAGUUGAAUCUGCAAAUAGAAAUAAUAGUAUAGAUAAAAAUAUGAAGAUGUGGUCUGAAAUGAUUAAUGGUACUGAAUAUGGCCAAAAAUGUUGUGUGCGUGCUAAAAUAGAUAUGUCUUCUGCAAAUGGCUGUCUCAGAGAUCCAACAAUAUACAGGUGCAAAAAUGAACCUCAUCCGCGCACAGGAACAAAGUACAAAGUUUAUCCAACAUAUGAUUUUGCAUGCCCAAUAGUAGAUGCUAUUGAAGGCGUGACACACACAUUGAGAACCAUGGAAUAUCAUGAUAGAGAUGAGCAAUUUUAUUGGUUUAUAGAGGCUUUGGGUUUGAGAAGGCCCCACAUUUGGGAAUACUCAAGAUUGAGCAUGACUAAUACAGUUUUAUCCAAACGUAAACUUACAUGGUUUGUAGAGCAGGGUUUAGUUGAUGGCUGGGAUGAUGCCAGAUUUCCUACUGUCCGAGGUGUUCUUCGCAGAGGAAUGACUGUUGAGGGCUUAAAACAGUUCAUUAUUUCUCAAGGUUCUAGUCGAAAUGUUGUCUUUAUGGAAUGGGAUAAAAUAUGGGCUGUUAAUAAAAAAGUUAUAGAUCCUAUAGCACCACGAUACACUGCUUUGGAAAUGGAUACAGUUCCUGUUAAUGUAAAAAAUAUUACAAGCGAUGUAUCUCAAACUGUGAAUGUCCAUCCAAAAGACCCAGCAAUCGGUACUAAAAUUGUAUGGACGGGUUCAAAGAUUUUAAUAGACCGUGUAGAUGCUGAACUACUUAAAGAAGGUGAGAAUGCCACAUUUAUAAACUGGGGUAAUCUUUUAGUUGAUAAAAUUAAUAAAGACAGCAAUGGAAAAAUUUUAUCUAUUGAUGUAACACCUAAUCUUGAUAAUAAAGAUUUUAAGAAAACUUUGAAGUUAACUUGGUUGUGUGACACAGUAAAUGCCCCAUUCACAAAAACAUGCUGUGUUUACUUUGAGCAUAUAAUAAGCAAACCUUUGCUUGGAAAAGAUGAAGACUUCAAGCAAUACAUUAAUCAAAAUACCCGAAAAGAAGUUGAAAUGAUAGGAGACCCAGAAUUAAGAAAUCUCAAGGCUGGUGAUAUAAUACAAUUACAAAGAAGAGGUUUCUUUAGAGUAGAUGUACCUUAUGCGCCUGCAAAUGAAUUUACUUGCAAGGAGCAAGCAAUUGUAUUGUUUUAUAUUCCUGAUGGCCAUAGCAAGGAACCUGUUGCUGCAGUGGUAAAGCCAGCAAAAUCUAAAGCCCCAAAGAAAUCAAAAGAACCUGCAGCAGAGAAAUCCCAAACAGUGGCUGGUGCAGAGCCAAGUUCUGCUAUAAAUUUUGAAGCUUCCAUAGACCCUCCGAGUAUUAAUGACUUAUCUGUUGUUAAAGCUCCUAAACAAGCUAAGAGCCAGAAUAAGCCUGAAAAAUCAGCAGCAAAGACCAACAAGAAAGAUAAUAAAUCAGAGCCAAAAGAAUCAAACAAAAAGACAAAUGAAAAGCAAUCAAAUGUGAAAAAACAAACACGUUUAGGCCUAGAGGCUCAAAAAGAAACUGAUUUACCAGGAUGGUAUUCACAAAUUAUAACUAAAGGUGAAAUGAUUGAAUAUUAUGAUGUCUCUGGUUGUUAUAUUCUACGACCAUGGUCUUAUGCAAUUUGGGAUAUGAUCAAAGAUUUUCUAGAUGGAGAAAUAAAAAAGCUAGGAGUAAAAAAUUGUUAUUUUCCAAUAUUUGUCUCUAAAAGUGUACUAGAAAAAGAGAAGGAGCAUGUGGCUGAUUUUGCACCCGAAGUGGCUUGGGUAACUAAAUCUGGAGAUUCAGAUUUGGCAGAGCCUGUAGCCAUUCGACCAACUUCAGAAACUGUUAUGUAUCCAGCUUUUGCAAAAUGGAUUCAGUCUUACAGGGAUUUACCAGUAAAAUUGAAUCAGUGGAACAAUAUCGUACGAUGGGAAUUUAAACAUCCACAGCCCUUCUUGAGAACCAGAGAAUUUCUGUGGCAGGAAGGUCACACAGCCUAUGCAUCAAAAGAUGAUGCAGAUAAAGAAGUAUUACAAAUUCUGGAUAUUUAUGCUCGUGUUUAUUCUGAACUUUUAGCAAUACCAGUAGUUAAAGGUCGUAAAACGGAAAAGGAAAAAUUUGCAGGUGGAGACUAUACAACUACUGUGGAAGCAUUUAUAAGUGCAAGUGGGAGGGCUAUUCAAGGUGCUACAAGCCACCACUUGGGUCAAAACUUUUCUAAAAUGUUUGAUAUUGUAUAUGAGGAUCCUGAGACACAAGAAAAGAAAUACGUUUUUCAAAAUUCAUGGGGUUUAACAACAAGAACAAUUGGUGUCAUGAUAAUGGUUCAUGCAGAUAAUCAAGGCCUGGUUCUUCCACCUCAUGUAGCAAGUUUGCAGGCAAUAAUAGUUCCUUGUGGAAUUACAGCUAGUACAAGUGAAGAGGAUAAAGAUAAUUUAUUGAAAAGUUGUAGUUGCUUGGAACAAAAUUUGAAUGAUGCUAAAGUUAGAGCUGAAGGUGAUUACAGAAUGAAUUAUAGCCCUGGCUGGAAAUUCAACCAUUGGGAACUUAAAGGUGUUCCGCUUAGGGUUGAGCUUGGUCCAAAAGAUAUCAAGAAUGAACAAGUGGUUGUGGUUAGAAGAGACACUGGAGAAAAAAUUACAUUUUCUCAGAAGGAAGCUAUUAAAAAUAUAAAAGAAUUGUUAGAAGUUAUUCACAACAGCAUGUUGGAAAAGGCUACAAAGGAAUUGAAUGAACAUAAGGUAGUUUGCCGUGAAUGGAGUAAAUUCUUGGAAGAACUGGAAAGGAAGAACAUAAUACUUGCACCAUUUUGUGGUAGUAUUCCAUGUGAAGAUAAAAUCAAAGCUGAUAGUGCCAGGGAUGAUGACACUGAAACUAAUGCUCCAUCAAUGGGCGCUAAAUCAUUGUGCAUACCUUUUGAACAACCUGCCAAAAUUACCCCUGAUGACAAAUGCAUCAACCCCAAAUGUAGCAACAAGCCAAAUGCUUAUACAUUAUUUGGAAGAAGUUAUUAAUUCAAAAUAUUCUAUCAUCAUCUAUUUAUUACAUUUGAUAUUAUAAUCAUUUACAUUAAAU